UCGAACUGUAGUUAUUGCUAUAGUUAUUUUAAUUCGAGUAACAAUUGGUUAUAAUUUAUAACGUUUGGUGUUGGAAUUCUAUUGUACAUAUUUACUUUGAUAAAGGGUACCUUUUAAUCAAUCAAAAAUGGAUAUACCAGCGCCUGAAAUUCUGAAAAAACCACUAGAAAUUCCUAAUAAAAUACUAAUGGGUGCCGGUCCAGCUAAUGUUUCACCUAGAGUCCUUCAUGCCAUAUCGAAACCAAUUUUAGGCCACAUGAAUCAAGAAUUAUUUCAAAUAAUGGAUGAAAUUAAGGAAGGAAUCAAAUACGUGUUCCAAACAAGAAACGAUCUCACUUUGGCGAUAAGUGCAAGCGGCCAUGCAGGUAUGGAAGCUGUAAUGUCCAACCUAUUGGAACCAGGUGAUAAAGUUCUCAUAGCCGUCAACGGUUUGUGGGGAGUCAGAGCGUCCGAUAUGGCCGGAAGGUACGACGCCCAAGUCGUCAAAAUGACCGCGAAUAUGGGGAGCAACUUCACCCUCAGAGAAAUCGAAUAUUAUUUACAAACCGAAUCUCCCAAAUUGUUGUUUAUAGUCCAAGGAGAAACCUCUACGGGCGUUUAUCAACCUCUUGAAGGCAUUGGAUCUCUUUGCCAUAGGUACAAUUGUCUACUAGCCGUAGACGUUGUCGCUUCCGUUGGAGCUGUAGAAUUCCUGAUGGAUCGAUGGGAAAUCGACGUUGCUUAUGCGGGUGUACAAAAGGCUUUGGGCGCUCCGCCUGGUUUAACUAUAAUUUCGUUUAGUCCAAGAGCUCAAAAGGUGAUAUUCGAAAGAACCACUCCAAUCAAAGUCUACUACUGGGAUAUGAAGAUAUUAGGUCAACAGUGGAAUUGUUACAAUAACGUUAGACCAUAUCACCAUACGACAUGCUCUGCACUUUUAGUAGGCUUAAGAGAGAGUUUGGCUAUUAUAACCGAAGCAGGUUUAAAAAAUUGGCAACAAAAGCAUAAAGAAGGAUACAAACAACUUAAAAAGGGACUAGAAAAGUUAGGAUUUGAAUUUUUCGUUGACGACGAAAGCAAACGUUUAAUCACUGUAACCUCGGUCGUUGUAAAAGACUUCGAUUGGAAGGAAUUGGUGAAAUGCGCCAUGAAUAAGCAUAACGUUGAAAUAGCGGGUGGACUCGGACCAACGGCAGGGAAAAUUUUAAGAAUAGGCGUUAUGGGUUACAAUGCUAAUCCCUACACCAUAGAUUACGUUUUGAAUGCUUUGAAGGAUGCUCUAAAUCAUUCAAGGACCUAUAAAACAGCCAAACUUUAGUUUUUUUGAUAAAUAAUAUAAUAAAUUGCUAAUAUAAUAUUAC